CUGCACCAAUCCCUGAGGCGAUCUGAGGUCAAGUGACCAGGGAGUGGCGCUGACGAGGGGAGUAGCGCAGGCCCGAGGAGCAGCAGCAGCAACAAUAACAACAAUCACCGUCAACAUUACCACGACGUUAACAUCAACUCUACAAACAUCGCUCUUCCCCCCCUCACUCCUCUCCUUCCACUCUUCUUCACCCUCCUCGUCUCCGCCGGCGCCAUGUACUGCUGCGUGCCGCGCGUCGAGGACCGAUUCGAUGAGGUCGGCGCCAAAUAUGCGGUGUUCGUGGUUCACAUUAACGGGGUCCUGCACUGCCGAGUGCGAUACAGCCAGCUCCACGGGCUCCACGAGCUGCUGCGGCGAGUGUAUGGGACCCGGGAGCCACCAUUCCCUCCCAAGCGGCUCUUCGCGCUCUCUGACGCGCAGACCGAGGAGCGACGGAGACAAAUCGAGCAAUACCUGCAGUGCAUCAGCCAGGAUGAGGAGAUGUCAAAGAGUGAAUUGGUCACCUCUUUCCUUCGAAAAGCACAGCAGGAUACUUGGGAGGUGCACGAAGCACAAGUUGAGGUGCAUGUGGUAUUACCAAGUGGAGAGACUUCACCUGUAGUCAUCCCCAACACUUCCCCUACGCACAGCGUGCUGCAGGCUGUUGGUGUAGCUGUAGGGAUACCAGAUGAUCUGCUUCCCAAUUUUGGUCUCUUUUUGGGACACGCGGAGGGGGAAAGGCAGCUAACAUUGGUGCGGCGGCUGCAGGAGUUUGAGUUGCCUUUUGUAUCCGUGAUCAGCUCGCCCAUCAAAGGAUCCUGCCUGUUCCUUCGCACCAGCUACCUGGACAGGGAAUUGGACAAGUUCGUGAUGGCUGAUGCUGUAGGGCUCAAGCUUCUUUACCAACAGGCCGUAGCUGAUAUUAAACGAGGCUGGUGUGAAGUUGAUGCUGCACAGAAACAGAAACUUGCCGAGUUGCACAAGCAUGGCACAUUCGAGGAGUUUUUGCGAGUGGCGCAGUCGCUUCCGCAGUACGGCUGUGUGCGCCUGGACAAGUGUGAGUGCGACUGGCCUGAACCAGACAGCCGGGCUGCGGUGCGUGCCGGUGGUGGAGUUCUGGCUUGCCGCUCCACUCGCCCCGGUGGCCAGGGGACCACAGAGGAGGGUACCUUCAGGGUGACGCGCAUUCGCAGCUGGACCGUCACCAGCCGGAUCUUGGUAAGUGGUGAGGAAGGUGGUGGAACAGAGGGGGGCUCUGGCAGUGUUCUGGAACUGGCCUUCGAGUACCUGGUGCGACCCGAUACACUCCGUUGGAUCAAGCUACGCACGCAGCAGGCCAUUGCACUCAGCCUGUGCUUACAAACCAUGGUGAAUGAGAUCCUGCAGCAGCGAGCCGGGCGAGACAAGGAGAAGAUGAGUUCAGGAGCAGCAUCGGACAGCACCCAGAUAUCUGUGAAUGGAGCCAAAGACCCAAAGGUUAAUGGAGAGCACGCCCUCAUCAGACCAGCUCCGAGCAAACAUAUGGACUCCUCCUUGGGACUUUCACUCAGGCUGCCGGGAAUCAAGAAAGCUGACAACGUGCACAGCAAUGACGCAUUUGAGGGUAUAGGGGAAGAGGACCUUUAGCCACGUGACCUAGCCUGUGAUCUUCGGCGUGGGCCCUCUAGGGUAACAGAUGCAAGCACUAAGCGCUGACUUCUCGUCAGCAUUUACUUUGUUAAAAUAAUCAUUGUUUUCAUGUUUUUUUAAUCCAAAAGCUGCCUUUACGCAAACGAGAACAUAUCUGUUGAACUCCUUGUUGUGCUGUGAGUUGUGGUCUUAAGAGGGGCUUCCUGAACGUGUGAAGAGCUUGAAUUGCCCGUGGACAGAAAAAGACAAUUUGAAGACUUGUGAGCACUUAGCAAAUGCAUUGUGUGCUCACUGUUAGAGAGGAAGUUACAACAGUAGGCAGUGUGACUUCCAUUUGAGUUUAACACAAAGGAGUGUCCUGGACACAUUUCUUGUGUAAUUUUCACUACAUUACAAGCAUCUUCCAUCAUGCAUGAAUGUUGUGCUGAAAUUUUGGAAUUGAUUGGAAACUUCCAGCAAAUUGGAAGUGGUGCACUGUAAUUGAACCUGUAGGCCUCUGAGCAGGCAUUGAUGUCUUAAUGCCCAUUAAAGCCUCGUGUUUUUGCAGAGUGGGAUAGGUUGGGGAUUUAGCGCAAAUGCUCCCUAGAUUCUUCCCUACAAGGUUUACACACGUUUCAUUGACAUUCCUCUUCUAGAUCCUGUGCAAGUGCUCUUAACAGCAAAAAUUGACACAGGUGAAUGGAUGAAUGCCUGUGCCCACUGGUGCCUUAAUCACACUGAGUAGUGCUAGCUCCAACUUAACUAUUUUGAUGUUGGUUAUUAAUGAAAGAUGCAUUUUGUAAUAGAAAUUCACCAUUAUAGCUAUACCAAAUAAAGCAUUUCAAUAGCAUGUCGA